GACGGCGUUGCCAGACACUUCCCUCACACAUUGCCAUUUUUAGUGCUACCCUUACCAUACAAGUUGGCAUUCCCAUAGCUGUCUUUUUUUGUGAGCUACGAAUUCUUUGACUACCAUGGCCGACAAAGCUGCUGCUGAGAAACCCGCUGGACGUCCCAUGCGCUAUCCCUACACCUUCUCAGCGAAAGUGGCCCAGUUCCCCAUUAAGCAUUACAUCAAGAACCAGUGGAUCUGGCGCUAUUACUUCAUUGCGGCUGUCGCCUGCGUGCCCGUGUUCUACAAAAUCAGCAAAUUGGCAAACUCCCCUGAAAACAAAAAGGCAUGGGCCGAGUCCCAGGCCAAGGAGCAUGCCGAGCACCACUAAAUUGAUUUAGUCUUAAUUGUUGCAUCAACACUUUAGAGCUGCCUGUGUUGGGGUUAUCAUGCAAUCUGCCAAUAAAUGAUUUGAAAACCA